UCUUGUUGUUAUUAUUAAGCUGUCCUUUUGGUUGUAUAGUUGUCACAACAUAGUUCCCCUUUAUGGGCAGUGACUAAUCAAAUGGGUGUGGUCGAGACAUAAAAGCCAGGUACUUCUCAAAGCCGGAGCCUAUUUGUGAUGUUUCAUGAUCAGCUGUUUUAAGGAGCGACAUCAUUUGUGUCUUCUAUCGUUAGUUAGACACAGAAAACAUUGUCAAUGGCGUCAGAAAACUAUGGGGAAAUAAGCUUGGAGGCUAUGUGUAAGUUACUGAAAGAUAAAGGACUUGGAAAGUGGGAAGAUACAUUUAAAGAAAAGGCUGUUAUUAAGCUGCGGGAGUUCAAUGAUGGUGUUCUGACUGAGAUGGGCAUAGAUCCACCUGAGGAUCGUCAGAAAAUCUUGGAGAUGAUUGUAGCUGGGGAGCCAUCAGCUCCCAAGGUGUUUAAUGAUCCAAUCCACGGACAUAUGGAGUUGCACCCUCUUCUUGUCAAAAUCAUCGACACGCCUCAGUUCCAGAGAUUAAGAUACAUCAAGCAGCUGGGGGCGGGCUAUUUUGUUUAUCCUGGAGCCUCCCACAACCGGUUUGAACACUCAAUUGGGGUGGGGCACUUAGCAGGAGUGUUUGUGAAAGCGCUGAAGGAAAAGUAGCCGGAUCUUGGCAUCACAGACAGAGACAUCCUUUGUGUUCAGAUUGCUGGGCUAUGCCAUGACCUGGGACAUGGACCCUUUUCCCAUCUGUUUGAUCAAAUGUUCAUCCCCAAAGCAACACGCCCAUCUGGUCCACUAGGUGAAAAAAUGAGAACCUGGAAGCAUGAGGACGCCUCUGUAGAAAUGUUCGACCACCUGGUGAGAUCCAAUGAGGAUCUGCAGUGGAUGAUGGAGGCAUAUGGCCUGAAGCUGUCCGAAGACUUGGUCUUCAUCAAAGAGAUGAUUAAACCCCCGGAAGCUCAAGAGGAAUGGCCAUAUGAAGGCCGUCCAGAAGAGAAGUCCUUCCUCUAUGAGAUUGUGGCCAACAAAAGAAACGGCAUUGAUGUGGACAAGUUUGACUACUUUGCCAGGGACUGCCACCACCUGGGCAUCAAGAACAACUUUGACCAUGACCGCUUCAUAAAGUUUGCCAGGGUGUAUAAGGUGGACGGGCAGAAGGUGAAAGGGCAGAAGCACAUCUGCACUAGAGAAAAGGAGGUGAACAAUCUCUAUGACUUGUUCCACACGAGGUACUCUCUCCACAGAAGAGCCUACCAGCACAACGUGGUUAAGAUCAUAGAGCAUAUGAUCACAGAGGCCUUUUUAAAGGCAGACCAGCACAUCCAGAUUAAAGGCUCAGGAGGGAGGAUGUUCACCCUCUCCACAGCCAUAGCUGACAUGGAGGCCUACACCAAGCUGACAGAUUGUGUAUUUGACUAAAUACUCAACUCCACAGAGGAUAAUCUCCAAGAGCGAGGCAAGGGAGAUUCUAAAAAACAUCGUCGAUCGUAAACACUACAGGUUUCUGGGUGAAGUCAAGCAUAAAGGAACCCCAACCAAGGUGUGCAGUAAUGUAUUGUUCCUGUAUUACAUCACAUAUUUGUAAUCAAUAAUCUCAAGGGAUCGCACAGCAGGAAAAAAGAUCGAUGUCAUCUCUUCAUCAAAAGAGAUCACGGCAGGAGGGGGCAAAAGCGUAACCUUAAUUUGUUUUAAAUAACAGUUAUUUUCUUAAUGUAUUUAAAAGAUGUAACUCAGGAAAGCUUAAUUAAUUUAUGUUUCAUGACACAACUCUCAUUAUAUCCUAUCUCAGUUUGAGCAGACACGCCUUCGGUUACCACUAAUUAUUUUACUUCAAAUUGAUGCAUAUUACCUUAUUUCUUUACAUACAAAUAUCAAAAGUUGAGUUACGCUUUUUGCUUGGCAACCUUUGCUGGUGAUUGAUUACAGUCCAUAUUUUUGUCUCAUUUGCAAAGGGUUAGCAAAAUCGGUUCAGUCCCCUUUUGAAUUUGUCCCUGAUUAUUACAAAAGUUAAGUUUGUUAAAACAGAGCUGAAUGUAAUGCAACUAAUGUGGUUGAAGAACACAUUGCUUGUUUCUGUUGUCUCUAUCACUUUACAUUGCCUCUUUUCGUAUUGUACCUGGCUUUUAAGCAGACUAUCCUAGAAUUGUUGUUUAGAGAAACUAUGCCGUAUGAGCAAGAAAGAUCAUAGUACGAGGUCACAUAACACUUAGACUACAUCCACAGUAAUCCACUGCGUAAAAAAAGCCUUGCGUUCACAGUAGCUAUUCCGGGUGGUUUUUAUAGAGACCUACGCAGUGAACAAUAAAAGAGAUGGCGUCAUUGUAUCUGGAAAUGAACAAAUCUGCGCCUCAAAGCCAACAUCUGGUGAGGUGUGAGUCAGGUGCCUGACUAAUAAUUAUGUCAACAGUAUGACAUAAUCAAUGAUAAAAUCAUUAACUUAUCAUCGUGUGGGGUGUGAUAAAACAAUCUUUAAUACUGAUUAAAAACAAUUGCUGUGUGAUAUGACCUGCUGAACUGACAUUUAAAAUGAGAGAUUACACAGAAAUUAUGAAGCAAUAUAAACGUUUAAUAAACUGCCACACAGACCCCUGACAGCAACUGGGCAAGCUUACAUUAUCCUUUUGCAAACACUCUGUUUCCAAUAGACUGGAAAAGGUUUGCAUCAAGAAUACAUUCGAAUAGGGAAUCCCUUUCCCAUGCCACCCCGUCCCCCCCCUCUUCCCACCCAUCUUGCCAUUUCACAGAAAAUCCUACCUGAUGUUUUUUAGCAAUCGUCUGAGUUCAUCUAUAUAUUAUAUAUAUAUUUAAGCAAUCAUACAUGAGAGGCCGUUCUUUAACGUCAUUAUUGGUACGACAGUACUGCGGCAGGACCGAGGCGCUUGCGCCGAGGUCCGUACGCCUGUACUGGAGCAGUUUGCUUUUCAGGCCAAGGGUAUACCGUUUUUCUCAGACGCGGAGGGAUACUGACUUGUUGUGA